CGUACAUGUUUAGCUCAGUCAGCGUUUUUAGCGUGUCAAUGACUUCUACAGGUUGAUUCGGCCAUUGAAACUUCGCACUUCUUUUCAACACACCUUCUGGACGUUUAGAGCCUCUUCAAUACCUGCAAACGGAAACAUUCCUCGUUAAUUUGAAAGCAGCGUGGAAGAGGCACAGAACUUAGACACCUUCUCAGGAUGAAAGACUUAGCUCAAGUUGAAGAAAAAAUACUCGCGGGACUUCUGAUCACUGCCACUGUUUUAGUAGUGCAGGGAUAUAGCAAUAGAUGUGAAAAAAAAGAUGAAAUUGAGCUAUAUGAGAAGCAAAACACCACCAACUAUAAAUGCUGGCCUUUUCCUGAAUGCCUUGAUGGGCAGGAGCCAACAGUGGAACCUGGUUCAACGCAUCCCAUGGGGACAGACAUAAGCUGUCGAAGCUGUCAGCAGAAUUUCUACUCAAACAAGGGAACAAAUAUCAAGUGCCACAAGUGUACUGCUUGUGGUAAAAAACUUGAACUUAGUCCUUGCUUAUCUGUGAAGGACAGAGAAUGUGCUGAUAAGUGCAUUUCAAAUGAUUACUACUUUAAUAGCAGUGACAAAGAAUGUCAUCGAUGUACUGAGUGCUGUGAAGGUGACAACAUUAACAUUGAGUCACAGUGUAUAAAAUUAACACCUGGUACAGUGAUUGGAGGAAAAGGCGAGAAACAUUGUAGGAGAUCAUCAAAACCAUGCAACGAUCUGCCAAAUAAAAAUCUUACAUCAAGUGGACGUGACUGCAACUGUACAGUGCUAUCAAAUAGCUCUUUACUGAAAGGCAGUGACACACAAAUGAAUUGCUCAUUAUCCAAAAAUAUGAGUCUAAUAGAAAAGCAGGGUGCUGUUAAGUCCUUUGAUAGCUUACACAUAACAUUGUUUUCUCUUCUGGGAUGGUGUAUAACAGUUAUUGUAUUCUUGGGCUGGUUAGCUUUGAAGAGAAGGAAGCAGUCACCACAAAGUGAAGAUUCUAUUCAGCUAGAGAAUCUUGUUGAGAGUGUACCUACACAUAGCUCUUCAGCAGAGAGGGAACCUUUUCUUACAAGCUCUAAUUCCUGCCAGGAAAAGCUUAAUAUUUUACCCAAAGAGAGGAAAUCUUCUCUUACGGGCUCUAAUUCCUGCCAGGAAAAACUUAAUGUCAUACCCGAAGUCAUAAAACUUGAUGAUUCACUGCCAUAUAGAGUUGAAACCAACCUCAUCACAUUGUUGAAUGCAAAAAUGGCUCCUUUGCCAAACUGGUGGGAUGUGGGUCGUACUAUUGGAAUUCCAGAAUCAGAUCUUUAUAAGAUUAAGGCAGAAGAGGACAGAGAGGGAGGAAGUCCUGCAAGGGUAUUGCUGAGGUAUUUAUAUACAAUGGAGAAAGUUCCCUCUCUUAAGGAAUUGAUACAAGUUAUUCACUCUGAACUAGGACGACAUGACAUUUGCAAGGCCAUAGGUGGAUUUUAUCAAAGUCAAAAUACUGUUAAUACACCAUGAACAAUUUUUCUCUCAGCCUUAUUCUAUUUGUGCUCCUUCAUGCAUACCCGAUUGUAAAUAUCUACAUCCAUAAAUGCCUCUUGGAUGUCUUGUGCUCCCAGGAAAGUGUAGGCAGCAUACGUUAGGUAUAUCUGUAGUUGAAAACCCAGCAUAAUACUGAAGGAUUCUUUGAGGUACAAAUACCAUGAAAAUGUGAUCAAAUUUUGUGUAUGAGGUUCCAGUAAUAAAAGUAAUGGAAAUUAACUUCCAGAAGAAGAAUAGAGUAAAGAAGCAGGCUACAGUAGACAUUACAAAUUGAAUUACAGAAAAGGAAAUGCCAAAAAAAUAUAUAAUGAAGAAAAU